CACACAUGUGCCUGCACCCAGCGGCAGGGCGCGCCGUCGGGGCGGGCGGAAUCCGCCGCCACCGCCUCCCCGGCACCGCCCGCACCGCACCGCCACCGGCAUCGCCACCGCCGCCGGUCUGGGCACCGCCACCGCCUCGCACCAUGGCCGUCGCUUACCUGCUGGGCAACGGCUCGGCGCCGCUCCUGGCCGGCGCCCUGGAGGACCCGUUCGUCGCCAACGCCUCGGCUGCCGCCUGCCGCCCCUCGACGCCCCCCUGCGCGGUCGUUCCGCCGGGUUCCUGGGGGAACGGCUCGGCGGCGGCGGGCUGGAACCGUUCCGAGCCCUGCGGCGGAGCCAACGGCAGCGCGGGGGGCGGCGGGCCCUGCGCGCCCGCGGGCGGGGGGCCCUCGGUGGUCACGGCCAUCGCCAUCAUGGCCCUGUACUCCGUGGUGUGCGUCGUGGGGCUCUUCGGCAACUUCUUGGUCAUGUAUGUCAUCGUCAGGUACACAAAAAUGAAGACUGCCACCAAUAUCUAUAUUUUCAAUCUUGCAUUGGCAGAUGCAUUAGCAACAAGUACUCUGCCAUUCCAGAGCGUGAAUUAUUUGAUGGGAACAUGGCCAUUUGGUACAAUCCUUUGUAAGAUUGUUAUAUCCAUAGACUACUACAAUAUGUUCACCAGUAUCUUUACGCUCUGCACCAUGAGUGUGGAUCGCUAUGUAGCUGUCUGCCACCCAGUUAAGGCCCUUGAUUUUCGUACCCCCAGAAAUGCCAAAAUAGUUAAUGUCUGCAACUGGAUUCUUUCUUCUGCCAUUGGCCUGCCAGUUAUGUUCAUGGCAACUACUAAAUACAGGCACGGCUCUAUUGACUGCACACUUAAGUUCUCCCACCCUGCUUGGUACUGGGAGAACCUCUUGAAAAUCUGUGUGUUCAUCUUUGCCUUCAUCAUGCCAGUCCUGAUCAUUACUGUGUGCUAUGGGCUGAUGAUUUUACGCCUGAAGAGUGUUCGCAUGUUAUCUGGCUCCAAGGAGAAGGACAGGAACCUGCGGAGAAUCACAAGGAUGGUUCUUGUAGUGGUGGCAGUGUUUAUCGUCUGCUGGACUCCCAUCCACAUUUAUGUCAUUGUUAAAGCCUUGGUCAACAUCCCAGAAACUACUUUCCAGACUGUCUCCUGGCACUUCUGUAUUGCCCUAGGGUACACAAAUAGUUGCCUUAAUCCAGUCCUGUAUGCAUUUCUAGAUGAGAAUUUCAAAAGGUGUUUCAGAGAGUUCUGCAUCCCCACCUCCUCAACCAUUGAGCAGCAAAACUCCACCCGAGUCCGACAAAACACUCGUGACCAUGCUUCCACUGCCAACACGGUGGACAGGACUAACCAUCAGUUGGAACUCCAAGAAGCUGAAACCACCCCACUGCCGUGACAGGGUCUCCUGCCGCAUAGCUCUCAAAGCAAUUACAAACCAGUGCCACAGUGUUUCUGUGCAGUAUGCUAUGGGAAGGUGUAAGACAAACUUUCCCUCAAAAUAAGUAAAUAAAUAAAUAAUAAGAAAAUAGAAAUUAAAAAAAAAAAAAAAAAAAAAAAAACCUACAGAGGAAAGUGCCUGCUUUUCCAGUCUGUCAAAAACUGCUUCUGCAGCACUCCUGCAUUGCACAUAACAGAAGCAUGAAACUAAAUGGUAAGCAGAGCCAAGAGAUACAGGGGCUUUCCAAUCUUCAGUGUUCAAAACAGUCAUGUUAACCAGGAAUACAUAUGUUAGUCUAAAGCGAAACUACUGUAUCUGUGGCUGACGUGCUCUGACAAGUUACAUGGUGUUAAACAGAUUGGAGACAAAAAUUAAAAGGACAGACUACUAUAAUUUGAAAAGUGAAGGGGAGUUUAUAACAACAGGAAAUAAUGGAAAAUGGAGUUGUAAUACUGUUGGGUACUCAAUUUACAUUUAAAAUUUCUUUGUAGAGAUGUUUUCUGUGCAGGUUAUUUGUGUGGUGACGUUUCACAAGAUCAUCUAGAAUAACACAUUGGCAAGUCAAGAGGUUUUCUCUUACAAGGAUUGCAUGUUCCACAGCUUCAAAGGGAAAAUAUUUCUUUCAGUGCUCAUUUAAAGAAAAUAAAACAAGCCCCUAAGUUUCACCUUCCUCCUCUAUUUCUCACAUAAGAACUAGACUUUUACAAUGAAAACCAUGAAGUGUCAGUUCUUCUGAAAUAAAUGAAUAAAUGGAAGUAUUCCAUACUGUUAUUGAUUGUAGCAUGAUCCCUGAUCCCCAAAAUAGCAUUGACUCUAUAAGUUCCAGUAUGAACAGAUGCACAGCUAUAAGCUUGUCAGGGCUGGCACAGGCAGCUGAUAAAUUCUCUUUCAUCUAGUUUCUCAAACUUCAACUGCCCUGUCAGCAACAUCUCAAAUUUGGAAGUCAGCAACAGUCCCUGUGUGAAGUGUUUGGAAGAGUAAACACAUUAGAUCCACUUUAAAAUAUAUACAUAUUAAUUAAAAAAAUAAAAAAUAAAAAAUAAGUUACAUUUUGAUAAAAAUCUAUUUUUUUUCUUAACCAAACACAUAUGUUUGCUUUUCUAACUAAGGCAGUACAGUCCGCAUCUCCAUUUUGUAUUAGCUACUAAAACACAUUAAGAUUUAUGAAAGAAACAUUGUACCAAAGUAAAUGCCAUCUUAACUGUUUUCUAGUAUGAAAAAUAGAAAUAUCUGUGUAGAUAAUUGUGGUGCAAUGGUAUUUUCUAGCCAUUGUUUGUUACUUGCUUUGUAAAUAAAUCAUCAGCUAACUGGGGGUAAUGGGGAGAAUACUUUGAUGAAUAUAAGCAUAUUCUAAAAUACAACUGUAUGGAAUGGGGUUGCUGUUUUGUUUUGUUUUUCUUUUUAUUUCUGCAGCAAAAGUGUAUUUCUUAUUUUUAUUAUUCAAAUCUGUGUAACAGAAUAUGCUUUUAGUGUGAAAUAUUUUGUUUCUGCCAUGGACUGUGUAAUAAAGAUUGAAGGCCAAACCCUUUCAAGUUGUAAAUUGAAGUAAUGCUACUGGAGUUUCAUCAAUGUGUUGCAGCUCAAUAUGUAGCCAUUUAUAGAAGCAGAAUAUGAAACCAGGCAUAGCAGAAGUGCCUUUUUUAUUAUUAUUUUUCUGUUGAAAAUCACACUGUGCUGUGAGAGGAAUUUAAUAUUUAAUUUUAUAUUAGUCUAGCAAGAUCUCUUCAUAGCCAUCAUUGAAGUUUAAACCAGAGUUGUCAUAAUCUUAAGAAAGAGCAUUUUCAUCUAGUUUUUUAAGGUAUGAGAGAGAGUUUUCACUCAGAAAAACUGGGCAUGCUCCUUUGCACUACACAGCAGUGUUAUUUAGCUAUCAAGAAGAACAUAAACUACACCAGAAAUGGAAGCAAAUUAGCAUCGUCCAAAGUCAUUGCAGUCUGACUGGUUCUGAGCAGUCUGCCAUGCUCACAUACAGCAAACUGAAAUGCAUUGACUGACUAUUGGAAAAGCCUUAACUGGUAAAUCAGGAAGAGAGAUAAGUUUAAUUAAACCUAAGCUCAUAGUUUAGUGGCUAGUUCAAACUACAUUAGCUGUCACAGACUUAACAUAAUGAAUUGAAGCCAUUGUUUCUUCUGUAUUUGGAAUGUAAUGAAGCUCACUGGUAAAAUCGUAUGACUCAAUAACAGCCUAAUAUUUUCAAAGAUAUUUUAGGUUUCUACAGUCCAAUAAUUAAUUGAGCAACCUGACUGUAAAUAUUUUUAGCAGUACUAAUGUUGUUGUAGGCGUAAUGGUCUAAGGAUAUGAGGAAGCAAAUUUUAUUAGCAGAGCAUUAGCAAAAAUAAGUUAAAUCUCUUGUUUUAUUUUAUUUUGUUUUUGUUUUCCAAAAGGCAUGAAUGUCAUUGGGAGUGCUGUGGAGUAAGUAGCAUAUUACACAAGUUCAUACACAAUGUAUCUUCACUGUGAUCCUUAAAUAAAAAAAAAAAAAAAA